GGUCAUCUUGCUGUAUUUCAUGAUGCGGAUGAUGCACAAGAGGAUGCGCAAGAUGCCGUCGGAGAGAACGCCUACACGUUGACCGUUGCCAAUGAUGUUUCUGCAAUUAUUCCAGCGUUAGACAUGUCCAACCCCAAGUGUAUUGUGGUCAAGGAGAUCACAGGGGCCUUGCAGCAGUGGAAUGACGAUACGGACCAAACACAGGUCCAAGUUUUCGAUCGUUUGGCGCAGGUCAAUGGAGAAGCGUGCACGAGCACAGUGUUGCGGCACAUGAUGGAUAAUGCCAGCGUUGACCAGCUAACGUUUGUGGUCCGACGGCCCACGGAACGUGUCGUGGUCCUCCCGAAAUCCGAUCGCCUUGGUUUGGAUAUCAGUUUCAGGAAGCAGGUCUCCAUAAGGCCAUGGGUUACUGGCAUUCGUGGUGGUGCCAUGGGACAAUGGAACUUCGAAAAACCAAGCUUGCAGAUCGACGUGCAUGAUAGGAUCCUGUCCGUGAAUGGGGUAUCAGGUGGUCCGCUUGAGCUGGUGGACAAGUUGCAACGUGUUCAAGAUAAUUUGCUCAUCACGUUUUUGCAUUACGGUGACGAAGUCAACCCGUAA